CAAGACCUUCAGAGACGCUGAGUUGAUACUGUAUCAGAGUGCAAACAGGUUGAAGAAUGUCGUAUGCAUUGCUGCUCCUAACAACACUAGCAAUUGUCUUUCCAACAUAUGGCCAAGUGAACUUUACUGGGCAUAAACUUCUCGGAUUAUUUGCUAGCGAUGAUGAAGAACUGAAGUUGCUACGGCAGUUAAUGGAAAAUCCCGAGGUGGAUGUCUGGAAUGAGCCUAACGAGCUGUAUCAAAAAGUGAACGUCCGAGUUUCGCCGGCAUUGGCGAGCAGCUUGGAGAACGAACUCAGAUCGCAAGGCAUAGAUCUCUACGUAGUCACAGACAACCUCCAGAAAUGGAUCGAUGAAGAGAAAGAAGAAAACCCUCCAGACAGUGCCUUGGCUGGAAGGCAAGAGAACUUUCAACUGGACGUCUACCACACCUACGAUGCUAUAAGUUCAUAUAUUGACUCCAUCGCCAGCAGAUAUUCUUCGAUCGCUACAGUACAACACAUUGGCACUUCGUUCGAAGGAAAUUCCAUAAAAGGUCUAAAGCUGGGAUCCACAGGAACCAACAAACCAGCUUUGUGGAUUGAUUCAGGUAUCCACGCCAGAGAAUGGGUCGCUCCGGCCACGUCAAUCUAUAUCAUAGAGCAACUGGUGAAAGGGUAUGACACGGACCCCGAAGUGAAGGAACUGUUGGAUGUGUACGACUGGUACAUCUUCCCUGUUGUCAACCCUGAUGGAUACAAGUACACUUGGUCCUAUAACCGGAUGUGGAGGAAAAACAGAGCAAUGCAUCGACGGUUUGGAUCCAAUCCAUUUUGCAGAGGAGCAGAUCCUAAUCGAAAUUUUGACUCUUCUUUUGGAGGUCCUGGAACAAGCAGCGACAGCUGUUCAGAGAUCUUCCGAGGUGACUCUGCCUUUUCGGAAGCAGAGAGCAGGGCUGUCAGAGACGGAGUCCUCAGGCUGGGGAAGAGGCUGAAAGCAUACUUUACCCUCCACUCCUACUCUCAACUGUGGAUGACGCCUUACGGACACAGUCGCAAAAACCCCCCAGACUAUGACGACCACAUGAAAGUGUUGCAAGCGGCUUCAAGUGCAAUAAGCAAUGUGCACGGACAAUACUACAGAUACGGAACUAUUUCAAACACAAUAUAUCCUGCUGCCGGUUCAUCUGUGGAUUGGGCGUAUGAAGUGGCCAAAGUGAAAUACAGUUUCGCAGUAGAACUGAGAGACACGGGCAGGCAAGGUUUCUUGCUUUCGAACACCUUCAUCAUUCCAACUGCCGAAGAGAACUUUGCUGGGAUUAAAGCUAUUGCAAACGUCAUAAAGAACGAAGUGUGAGAACUUGCUGUGUAUGCUUCUUUCGCUGUGUGUGUAGUUUAUUUAUUUGCGUGACAUGAAAAAUGGAAUAAA